UGUCUGAUUACAGACCUGCACAGUCAAAAUGGGUCCAUCUUCCUUUGUCUUCCAUGGCAUCUCCUUAGGCCUGGUGGCAGUGUGCAACGGAUAUGUGGAGACAGUGAUUGGAGUCGCUGGGGAGCGAGUGACUCUGCCCUGCGGGUACAGCGUGAAAACCUAUGGUGUCACAGACACAUGUUGGGGAAGAGGAGAGGUCCCUUAUUCCAAAUGCUCCAAGAUGGUAGUUUCUACUGAAGGAGACAAAGUGACCUACAGACAGUCAGACAGGUACAAGUUACUGGGUCGAGUGAGGAAAGGCAACGUUUCACUGACCAUCAUCAACGCCACAGAGGCAGACACAGGAAUCUACGGAUGCCGUGUAGAAGUACCUGGGCUGUUUAAUGACCUGAAAUACAACGUUCUGCUGCUCAUUGGCAGAGCACCUGUUGUUGUGACUGGACCACCUGUUUCCAUCACCGGUAAGCCACAGUCUGAAAGAGCAUACUGGGAUUCCCACACUGGCACUACCGAUUGGGACGGCUCCAUUGGUACCCUGGUCCAAAUGCAGGGAGGUACCAGAACCUUAGCGGAAAACGCGGUACGGAUAGGAGCAAUUAUACUUAUUUCUGUUUUAAUCCUCGUCAUUAUUAUAGGCCUGAGACGUUCUAAGAAGAAGCCACAGGGAAGUUCAGACCAGGAUUACACUGGCCCUGCGUUCUGAACCAAAAAACACGCAAAUCAAAAGCGGAAGUAGGAGGACGAGUGGAGCAGGCCUACCGGGAUGGAUCUGAAGCAAAAGGAAUUUGCAGAAAGGCGACAUGGGAUUCAAAGAGGCCUGGUCUACACUGAGAUUCUGUCGCUUCGCAAAAUUUAACUGAAUUUUUCUAAGAAUUAAAUAAACGGACAUAUUCUCUUGUGUCGAUUAGAGCACCGCAGCACUAGAGCACCCAGGCUUUGUUGAAGCUACCCGUCUGAGGGAAACUCUGACACAUCAUCAUGAUGCCGAAAACGAGAAGCGACUGCAGCAUCGCUGCCGCCAUUUAACGAAGACUCAGACGAAGGACUUUUGGGCGGAAUCGGAGAGAAGAGGUUCAAAGACAGUUGGGUGGUUGCAGCCAACAACUGAUGGGCUAUUGCUGGUUUUCUGUUGCCUUUGAACACGAGCGUACACGCGUCCUUUGUGCAUGAUGUGCUUCUCACAUAAAGAGUGAGACGCGCAAGCAGAAAAAAGACAAAUUCAUUUUAGUUUGCACUGUGGAUGAAAAAAGAAGGCCUGCUUUUAAAAGUCCCAGAAGGAUGGGACCAUUUUUGGACCAUGCUGGACCAACUCCAGGCCAGAGCGAAAAGCAACAGAGCUCCACGCAUGAGCUCUACUCUGACAGCUAUAGAUGUCCCACUUUUACUGACUGGGAAAAAAGACACUCCCAUAUUGUAGUCCGGUACCAUUUUGUUCAUUUGUAAACACCCCAUCGAAAAAGUAAUGAUUUUGACAUUAUUACCCAAAUACAGCACUAAAAGAGAAUUAGACCAACGCUUUUCUCCAAAGUGAUGUACUGAGAACGGUACAGCGAGCAUUAUAUCCGCUGUUGCAUGUGAUAUGAAAACAAACAUUUCAGUAAAACUGUACAAACUGUGAAAAACUGAGCUCUAUGAAAUUAUUCUGAAAUAAACAUUAAAUUUACGCUCC